AUGAACAACCAAUUCAGCCAUGACCAGGGAGAGGAGGAGAAGAAUUAUCCGACUUUGGGGGAUGACGUUGAAGAUCCUUUGACGGAUGACGAUAUGGAUGACAGUGAUGUCGAGGAGCGGGAGAAACCAGAAAACGAAAGAUGUUUUAAUCUUUCUAGUGAAAUAAUGGAGAGCGAAAAUCCCGAUUCAGUGCAGAACGUCGAAUACCCUUCGAAUAAACAUAAUGCUGCAGAACCAGAGCUAGAACUGGAUCGCAAGGUCAAUGAACCGCAACGGGAGCCGAUAGAGGACAAUAACCAUUUGAAGAUUGUGCAGCUGUUUAACAAAAACGUUUCAUCGAGUCAACGAAUUUUUGUUUCAUUGACCCAUAACGAUUUCUGGGCAAAACUACAUUCGAUCGGCCACGAGAUGAAAAUUGCCAGAAGAGGAAGGAUCCUCUCUCCCUCAUUGGAGUACAAAAUUGUAGGAUUGGACCCAUUAAAACUUUACGCGAUGGCACUUCGUUUUGAGAGAACGGACAACGACAAACGUUUGAGAUGGAGUACUAAGCAAUCACCACCCGGGUAUAUCGAAAUAGAGGAUAAUCGGCAGAUUGAAAAUCCGGAGGAAAUUCCUCAUCCAUUUGGUCUGCAGACUGGAUUAUUUUGGAUGAUGAAACCAUUUGGGUUUGAUAAGCUACGACUAACGAACACGGAACGAUCAAAUGACGAUUACCACAUAUUUGUCCGGAUGUCUACUGGUCAUCGGUACAUGCCCGUCCUCAUUAUCCGCGAGAGUACCGGAAUUGUCCACACUGUGAGAAUUCGUCAUACCGAGUUUAUCACCGUCAUGGUAUUCCAUGUAGAUAAACGAAACGAAAGACAUCAAAGGGGCAUCGAAAAUCAAAAGAAGCAAUGA